AUGGUUGGAAAAAUUGAAAAUAGAAAUUUAUUACUCCGUUCAAAUUCUAUGCAUACAAAAGAUAAUGUUAGCACAAUGAACUCACCUCCUAUUUUAUAUAAAAAAAUGAUUGAAAAGGUUGAUGAUCAAAAUGGGAAGAAAAAUAAAAAGAAGAUUAGCAAAAAUUUAAGUACAUCUUUUAAAGAAUACAAUGAUAAUGAUACACAAAAUAGACGUAGCACUAAAUUUGAUAAUGGAAUUGACAUACUAAAUGUAAAUAGGAAAAGUUCCGAAGCUUCUGAAAAAACAUAUUAUUAUAAAGAAAACAGUUUAAAUAAUGAAUCAGAAGAUAAAAUAAAUAAUUUAAAAAAUAGUAAAAAGAUAGAUGAAAAAAACAAUUCAUCAACAUUAGACCCAAAAAAUGGACUUCUCGAUAUUUCAACAUCUAUAUUUAGUGCAAUCACAAAAAAAUUGACAGAAAUGAAAACAAAUGAAAAGAAGCCUGAUAUAGAUUCUGAAAAUGUUUUAAGAAAAAAAACGGUUCUAAAAGAUGCAGAGAACACAUCUAGUAAUAAUAAUACAUAUGAAACAGAUGCAUAUUUAAUAAAUGAUGAAGAACAAGGAAAAAUGAAAAAACAAAAUUCUGUAAUGUUUAACAAUACUGAUAAUAAUUGCUAUAAUUCACAAUGUGAAGAAAACCUAAUUUUUAUCAACAAUGCAUAUAAUAAUAGUGGUGCAUACAAUAUGCAAAACCAAACUGGUACUUGUAUAAACACAUCUGAAAUAUCUGGGAUUCAUAAUGGGCAAGUAGAUCUAUAUAACAAUAUUGCUCAUAUUUCUACAAAUAUAAAUAACCCUUAUAAUAAUAUGCAAUUUGCUACACAUGCGAUAAUACCUCCAGUUGUAAAACCGUCAACACAUUUAGUAGUUCCACAUCAAAGUAUGCAACCAACUUUUUUAGGCUCGAAUAAUAAUAUAAAUUAUGAUGGACAAAAUCAGCAUAUAUUUCAAGCACAGACUGAAACCCCCACUUAUUUAUAUACAAAUGAAAAUCCAACAUAUUUAUGCACAAAUGAAAACCCAACUUAUUUAUAUGCAAAUACAAAUCCUGUAGUAAACCCAGGAAUUGUACAUACAGUAGAGUAUGAAAGUAAUAAUUUAAAAAAAAAUAUUAACCAAAUGAAUAGAGUAGUAAUAAAUGAUACAACACAAUUUUAUAACGUUGGAAAAAAAGAGACAAAAAUAAAAAGUUUAUUAUGUAAUAGUUCUGAAAAAAAUAAUAAAAAAAAUAUUAAAAAUGAAUUAAGUGCAGAAAUAUUAAUAUAUAAAAAUCCAUUAUCAAAUCCACCAAAAAAUAUAAAAAAAGGUACAUAUAAUAUUCCAAUAAAUAAUAAUGUAUUUGUUCGUACUAGAUCUUUAACACCUCAUACAUAUUAUUCUAAAAAUAAAAAAAAUGUUUCACCUUUGAAAAAUUUAAAUGUACAAAGAAUGACUUCAACAAAUGUAAAGCAUAAAAAUAUGUAUAUGAAUCCUAUUUGCACACAUGAAGUAACUUACACAUAUCCUAUACAAAAUAAUACUACUAUUAAUAAAUUAGUAGAAAAUUGUGAUAAUAAAAGUGACUUAAAUAAAUGUUCUACUGAAACAUCUAGCCUCGAAACUAUUAAUGAAAAAAUAGACGGGCAACCAACAAACUUAAAUCAAAAAAUAAAAAAUUUACAAAACAAGGUUUCUGAACUCACCAAAACAAACAAAAACCUUAACGAACUUUCUCAAAUGUACAAGAAUGAAUGUAACAGAAUGCGUGAAACGCUUGCUACACACGCGGUAGACAAAAAUUAUAUUUCACCUAAAAAAAUAAUAAAUUAUGAAAAGGAGAAUUUAAAACUUGAAAAAGAAAAUGAUAAAUUAAGAGAACAAAUAAAAGUAUUAGGUAAAGCUAUUUUAUCAACUCAUGAUAUAGCUGGAGUUAAAAAAAUAUUAGCUAAACAAAUAAUUAAUUUAAAUGAUGAAAAUGAAAAAUAUAAAAAGGAAAUUAAAGAAUUGAAAAAAAAAGAUAACAUAAAUAGUCAAGUAAUGUUUAAUCUCAAUAAAGCAGAAGUUUCUGUUGAUGCAGUUGAUAGUAUUUUUCUACAAACUAAAAAUGUUAUUAUUGAGGCACACCAAUCAAUAAAUGUAUUUUAUUUGAAUUUGAGAAAUCUGAUAGACGAAUUUUUUGAUAAAAUAAAAUUUCUUAUUUUGGAGGAUGAAUAUACGAAAAAAGAAAAGCUUCUUUAUGUUACAAGUUUGGAAGAAAUAAUCAAUGAAAAUUUAACCGAGAUCAAUGGAAUUGUUGUAAAAGUAAAUGAACUCAGGAAGCGAAUGAAGGAUGUUAAGGCACACAUUUUAGACACAAAUCGAACAAAUCCUUUAUGUUUAUGCAAACCAGCAAGAGAUGUUUUAGAAAAUGAUAUUAAUCAUUUGGAGAAAGAAUUACAUAAACAUUCAUUGAUGAUAAAAAAUUUGAGAAAAAAAAAUUUAUUUUUAUGUAUAAAUGAUUUAAAUUCGCAAUUUAAUCAGGUAGAACAAGUUGAAUGUCUCAAUGAUGAAACCAAUAUAGAUAGAGAAGGAGAUAUCACACAUAAUGUGGACAAGAAGAAUGAAGUAAACAAUGCUUCCCAAGUAGGCAACAAAAAGUCGUAUAAUAAAAAAAAUGAAGACGAUAAUUCAGGAUUACAGGAGAAGAUAAAAAAAAUUGAGGACCAAUUAAAUAGCCUAAGCAAUCACAUAAAUUACAACUCUGGUGAUGAAUAUGAGAAUGAGAGUGAAGAGGAAAACUACCCGAAAAAUAGAAAAUUUUUAGUGGAAAAAUUAACGAAGAGUAUUAAAAAGGGUGCGACACAUUUGAGCAAACCUCAUGAUACGAGCAUUAAUAGUAAAAAGAAAAAAAUGAAUUAUAAACAUUUUCAAAAAAAAAAUAAAGAACAGGAUGACAACGAUUUUUAUGAAGAAUUUAAAGAAGAUUCUAAGGAUGUAGAUGAUUCAUCAGAUUCACCCAAAUUUGAAGACAGUGAAACGGAAAAUACCUCAUCUAAUAAAAGGCAAUGGAUGAGUGACGAAGAAGUGGAAAAAAGCAAAAACAAAAUGAUUGAACUACUAGCUCUCUUGAAAGGAAAACAUAAUGACGAUCUCGUUGAAAACACAGAAAAUUAUGUCAAGUCAUUUGGAAAACAUAAAUCAGAAAAUGAAUAUAACAUGCAAAGCAUAUAUAACAAUUUGAGAGCCAUAAAAAAUAGUAUUAAAAAUACUGAUGAUGAUACCGAAAAUAACAUUUUGGCUUUGAUUGAAUCCCAAGCUGCCGAAAUAAAAAUUUUUGGAAAUUGUAUUGACAAUUUGAAGAAUACAGUAACUUCAUAA